UGGGCUCUCUCAGCGCUGGACAGCGCACGCCGCGCAGCUCGCCUUCUCCCUCCGCUAAAACCCUAGCCCGACGCCACGCAGCAACCUUCUAGAACCUUCUCCACGAUGGCGUUCCUCCGAGCCCUCCGGCGAGCCCUCCCGCCGCUCUACUCGCAGGCGGCGCCUCUUUCCCGGCGCGCACCAGGUCCUCCUCCGCUCCCUUCCCGUCCUCUCCGGCUCCUGGAUCCGAUCGGGUUCCGGCCGUUCUCCGCCGCGGCCGCCACCGCCACCGCCGUCGCGCGGGCGCCGGAAAUGGGGGCCAGCCUCUUCAGAGGGCUCACGGAGACCAGGUUCCCCAAGCGGCGCCCGGGGUUCGUGUCCCGGCGUAAGAGGGCCAGCCUACGACCCAAAGGUCCGCACUACUGGGUGAGGUGCACGCCGGGGGAGCCUAUCCCUUCGAGCCAGCCGAAUAAGGGCAGCGUCCAAGGGAGGAAGGAGAAGAAGCGGAUCAAGCAGCGCAAGGACUUCAUCAUGGCUGAGAAGAGGAAGCGCAAAGCACAGUAUUCUGUUGCUGUGAAGAGGAAGGAGGCAGAACGGACAGAAAGAAAGAUGGCUGCAGUGGCAAGAGACCGGGCAUGGGUGGAAAGGUUGGCAGAGCUAAAGCAGAUAGAGGCAGAAAAGAAAGCUGCAAUGGCUUGAGGAGCUCCUCUGGAAACGGCAAGGCGUCUAACUCGUUUCUGCUGCUCCGUUUCGUCCCUAUUUUCUUUUCCAGAUAGCUUGAAUAUGUUAUGUGCUACAGUUGUCAACAAUGGCACAACCCUUCUGGGUGAAACUUUCGCUGUACCCCUCCCCUCAGCAGCCAUCCCAAAGUGGCGGAUUUUGUUUUGAUAUGAUGUUCUCAAAUUUGUCUUCAUUGUAAUGAGAUAUCGGUUCUGUGUUGUAUUUAGAAUAAACCAAAUGAUCUUAGUUGUGUGCUGGUAAUCAGAAAUGACAAACGAGUGCAACCUUCUGUCACAUUUAUGGUAGAGAAGUUCGUAUGGAGUCAGUAUUGGAACUACUGUGAUUGUAUUGAUCUA